GAUGGCUGCGUCCCCAGCCAGCAAAGUGAUGUCCGCUUGCGACCAACAGCCGGGUUAUAUGGUGGACGUGAGCGAUAUCUUCGGCAAGCAGUUCGUUGUGGAGAGCGUGUUAGACUACCUUCGCAUCGAGGAGCUCUUCGCGUGCGCCGAUGUGAAUCGGUUGUGGCAGUCGGUUGCCCUGGGUCUGCUGAGGAAGAGACUGAUCUCCGUCUCUAUCUGCUGUUCACCGGAAUCGGAUCAGCCGAGGCCGGAGCCAGUGCUGGACAGGCCCCACGCAUGCGCAGAGAUCCUGCGCUCGAAGUUCGCUCGUUACCGCAACAUCGCGCGCCUGGCCAGCAUGCGCCCAUCCCUUGCGUUCCUGUCCUAUCACGCCGACCGGAACGAGGACAGGAGGGUGGUGGACUGCGUGCGCGAGCUGCUGCCUUCGAACUCUGUCAUCGGGUAUUUCAAUCUGAAGCCCAUCCGACUGGCCGACGAAUCCGAUGACAGCGCACACGAAGGCAUCUUCGGCGAGUUUCUUUUCCACGCCGAACCACCCGUGCGACCUGCGCCAACCGCCGACGACCUGGAGCAACCGCCGCCACUGGACAGCUCUGUCCCCGGCGCGAUGCAGAGCAACCGGCUGGAUUCGUGUAUGCGCAGCCUGGGUGAGAGUUUCGGCCCCACGACCGACACCAUCGCGGUGGCAUUCCCACGCAACCAGGACGAGGCGCGACGCGAGCUCGAGGCCUUCGAGCGCAACUUUCCGCGAGUGCCGGCCCUGGCCAAACAAGCCACGGAAUUCCACUUGCAAGAUCAGUUAGCGACCAUUGGCCGCCUGAAGCUCAUACUGCUGCUUAUCAAGCUGCUCAACUGAACAGGGUUCGAUCAAAGCAGUUGAGCUUGACGGCGAAGGACAGCGUCAGCCGACGCCAAUGUUUAUGUCGAGUCUGUGACAUAACUUCAGCCUAUCGUACCUUAAUGUUUUCUAAUUAUUAUUUUUUUAUUGAUUGAGCUACUGCGUAGUCUCGCCGCACAAAUAAACGGUUCUA